GAGCGGUGCUGCAGCGAAUCAGUUGGCCUCCUCCACUCAUCCCGGAGCAGGCGCCCCAACCGCCCAGUCCAACUCGCCCGGUCUCCGUCGCCGUCCGCCGUGGAGCCACUCAGUGCGUGAAGCCCGCUGUCCGCCGGGACAGGUGCCCGUCGUCGACCCCUGUCGAGUCCACUCCACUGCACUGCGAGCCCAGCCAUGGCCGGACCCAGCCCCGUGUGGGCCGCGCUGUGCGUCCUGGCGUGCUUCCCCACGAGCAGGGCCUUCUUCAACACAGAUGCCACUUCAGAUUGCCCGGAAGGCACUUUCAUGUGUCUGGAUGGUGACUGCAUACGGAAUUCCAAGCACUGCGAUGGUGUCAAAGACUGUCGAGAUGGCAAUGAUGAGUGGGAUUGUGAUUUCGUGAAGUGUCAGGCACCUAUGUAUUUCCGAUGCAAGGACUCUGGGAAAUGUAUCAGUGCUUCUUUUGUCUGUGAUGAAGAGAACGACUGCGGAGACUGGUCAGAUGAACACGAUUGUCACCUGUUUAAGCCACCUGUAUCAGAUGCUAAGUGUUCUUCGAAAGAAUUUCAAUGCCUCGACAAGUUGUGCAUUCCAAGCGACAUGGUCUGUGAUGGAGAAGUUGAUUGUCUUGAUGGAAGUGAUGAGACCCUUGGCUGCUCUUCUAAGAUUUCAUGUGAUGAUGGCUUCAUGUGCAAGAAUCACCAUUGUAUUCCUUCGGAAUUCAAGUGCGAUGGCUCCAAUGACUGUACGGAUGGCAGUGAUGAAGAGGAUUGCAAAAUGAUUACCCACAAUGUGCCUAUUGAUGAGUGUGUUCCUGAGAAAUUGCUGUUCGCCUGCAAGGAUCGAGUUGGUUGUUUGGACAUCCAUCAAGUUUGUGACAACACCUCACACUGUCUGGAUGAUUCUGAUGAAGGAAACCGAUGCUCAGAAUCGUGUGAGAACUGCACUCAUCAGUGUUACAAGACACCAAGUGGUCCAGUCUGCAUUUGUCCCAAGGGUACUCGGCUGGAAAAUGGAGCAUGUGUUGAAUAUGAUGAAUGCACAACCUACGGUAUCUGCGAUCAGAAAUGCCGCAAGCAGCCUAGUGGUUACCAAUGCUACUGUGAUCCUGGUUAUUCUCUUCAGAAAGAUGGCCAUUCCUGCAAAGCUGAUGGAGGUGAAGCACUUAUGGUAUUCUCUGCUGGAAGUCAAAUACGUGGCUACUACAUCACCUCUCAGAAUCUCUUCAGGAUAGCCAGUAAGCUAGGCCAAGUUGCUGGAAUUGGGUAUGACGGCUUCCACAUUUACUGGACGAAUGUUAUGCAAGGGGAUGAAGCAAUCAUGAGGUCAAAUGAAGAUGGUUCUGAGCAAGAAGUUUUAGUCAGUGCUGGUCUUGGCCUUCCUGAGGACCUGGCUGUGGAUUGGAUUACCCAGAAUGUCUACUUCUCAGACUCUCAGAAGAAACACAUUGGUGUGUGCAAUACUGAUGGUUCUUCUUGCACUGUACUCGUUAAUGAGGAUAUUGAUCAACCAAGAAGCUUAGCUCUUUUACCGUCUCAGAGAACUAUGUUCUGGUCUGAUUGGGGAGACAAACCGAUGAUUGCUACCUCCGGCAUGGAUGGUUCAGAUCCGAAGGUCUUAGUUUCUUCUGACAUUCGCUGGCCAAACGGUCUUGCCCUAGAUUUCCACAAUGAACGUCUUUACUGGGUUGAUGCCAAACGUCAGAAGAUUGAGACAGUGAAACUUGAUGGUUCGGAUCGUCGGGUCAUUUUGGAGAAAGUUUUGAAGCAUCCAUUCGACAUUGCAGUGUUCGAAGGUUCUCUUUACUGGAGUGACUGGGAAGGAAGACAGAUCCAGGCAUGUGAUAAGUUCACUGGUAAAAAUCAUCGUGUUUUAAUCAGAGAGCGCAAGAACAAAGUUUACGGAGUUCACAUUUUCCAUUCUUCAAUGCAACACAGAAAUAUUACAAACCCAUGUGUUGAUGCUGGAUGCUCUGAUCUUUGUGUUCUCUCUCCAAAUUCUUUGGGGUAUUCCUGUGCCUGCCCUCAAGACCGGGAACUUGGAGCCGACAAGCACAAAUGCCAUGACUUGGACAAACGUCAGUCUGUUAUUGUUGGAGCUGCUCACAACUUGUACCAGGUGGAGACCAGAGUCUUGGGCAAACUCUCUGUAACUACCAUCCCACUCAGGGCUAUUCACAAGAUGGGAGCUCUGGCUUACAAUUCAUUGACAGGUUCGGUUAUCAUUUAUGACUUGGUUCAGAAGAAAAUCUACUCCUACAACUUGAAAUCAGCUCGCAUUGAUCUCUUGGUUGGUGGUGCCAUUGGUGUAGUAUCUGGCAUGGAUUUUGACUACCUUGGCAACACACUUUACUGGUGUGACGUAGAGAAGAACACCGUGGAAGUACUUUCUCUUGUGACCAAUGAGCGUGCUGUGCUUCUGCGAGACCUUGGCAGUGAGGUUCCCUUGGAUGUUGCUCUGGUGCCUGCAUCGGGAGUCAUGUUUGUGGCCUUUUCAAGUGACAGUGGCGUGCACAUCGACCGCUUCAACAUGGACGGAACCGGGCGCACCCACGUGAUUGAAGCUGGAGUUGAAGGCCCUCACGUCUCCCUCUGGUAUGACCAUGAGCUGGAUCGCAUUUUCUGGACGGACAAUGGUCUUGGCAUGAUUGACAGCACUUCAGUUGAGGGAACAGACAGACAUGCCUUCAGAGGUUUGGCUACAAGUGUCAAUGAUGUUACUUCUAUCAGUACUGAUGUCUUCUGGGUUGAUCGUCAUUCUGGACUCCUGCAUUGGGCCGACAAGUAUGAUGGAUAUGCCCAUGAGAAGAAAUACGAUCUGGGUAUCACGGAAGGUCUUGAUGCUGUUAAUUUGGUUGGUGUUAGAGGUGUUCUCUCUGCACCUGGUCAUCCCUGCCAAGAAGACAAUGGAGGAUGUUCUCACCUUUGCCUUUUGCUAGGCAAGAGCCGUGUCUGUGCCUGCCCUGAUGGUAUGAUUUUGAAGCAUGAGAACCACACUUGUGUUGUUCCACUCCACUGUACUUCAUCUCAGUUCAAGUGCAAAUCUGAUGACCUGUGCAUUCCAAAGUCUUCAAGAUGCAAUGGCAAACAGGAAUGUCCCAGCGGUGAAGAUGAGCAAGGCUGCAAGCCCACUUGUCACUAUGGUCAAUUUGCUUGUGAUAAUGGCCAAUGUAUUGAUGAAUCUUUGAAGUGUGACUCCAACUAUGAUUGUACUGACAAGUCUGACGAGCUCAACUGUCACAUGGUGGAGUGCGACCCAGACACUCAAUUCACUUGUGAAUCUGGCCAGUGCAUCAGCUUGCAGUGGCGAUGCAACUUUGCUGCCGACUGUCAUGAUGGUUCUGAUGAAGCCAACUGUGAAGAAUCUACUUGUGAGCGUGGGAAGAUGUUCCGCUGUAAAUCUGGUGCUUGUGUUCCUGCCACUUGGGAGUGUGAUCAUGAAAUUGACUGUGCUGAUGGCUCUGAUGAACAUGACAAGUGUGCUCCUCCACCCUGUGAUUCUCCACGAUUCCAGUGCACCAACCAAGUUUGCAUUGAUGAGCGCCUGAAAUGCGAUGGUCAUGACAAUUGUGGAGAUGGAUCUGAUGAGAGUGGCUGUUCCUAUGUGCCAACAGACAAGGAGAGUAAGCCAGAUACGGAGAAAGCCGACAAACCCCUUAGCUGCACCAAUGAAGAAUUCAAAUGCGAGAAGGAACCAAUGUGUCUGCCAUCUUCAGCCCGCUGCAAUGGAACUGCCGAGUGUGUUGGUGGAGAAGACGAGAUGGACUGCCAAGGUUGUGCUGGCCAUGAAUUCCAGUGCCACAAUGGACAUUGCAUUCCCACUGCCUGGCUCUGCGACAAGUACAACGACUGUGGGGACAACUCCGAUGAAGAACUCAAGGAGUGCAAGGCUUCGCUGAAGCCUAGCAGAGUAUUUGAAGCAUCUAAGAAAUGUACCACCUUCCAGUGCCCCACCGGUGAAUGUCUCCCCUGGAGUAUGGUUUGCAACAUUCAUGAAGAUUGUCCUGACGCUUCGGAUGAAGGUGGACGUUGUAUAACUGCCUGCUCAGCCGGACACCCUUGCCAGGGUACUUGUGUGCGCACUCCUCAUGGACCUUACUGCUCAUGCAAUGCUGGGUAUGAGUUGAAGGGAGAUGGCCGCACUUGCCAGGAUAUCAACGAGUGUGAGGAUGAUCCAUGUGCUCAGCUUUGCGAGAACACAGAUGGCAGCUUUUCUUGCAGCUGUGGCUCAGAAUUUAUUUUGAGAGCUGACAAACUUUCUUGUAAAGCUACUGGUCCUCCAAUGGAAUUUAUUUUCUCAACUGGAGAACAAGUUCGCAAAGCCUCUGCCAAGUUAAAUGCUUUCCACAUUGUAGCCGAAAAUUCUGGACUUGAAAUUUCUGGGUUGGAUGUAGAUGCCAGAGCACAGCAUGUUUAUUGGACAACAGAGGCUAAUGGAAUCCUGCAUAGGAUGUCUCUUGGUACUGGAAUGCUGUCUCAUGUAAGAGGUCUGGGUGUGCCUACUAAAUUGGCUGUCGACUGGCUUUCCAAGAAUGUCUAUUACACCAACAUGGCUGAGAGGGGAUCAGUAAAUGUUUGCAACCUAGAGAAGCAGCGUUGUGCCAGACUUGUGAAAGAAGAGGAAGGAGCCUACACUGGUGCUAUUGCUGUGGAUCCCAAAUCUAGCUUGCUGUUCUGGAGCCGUGUGCACCCUGGAGAUGGCAGUGCACCUGUUAGUCAGCUGAUGGUGUCUGAUCUCUCAGGCCAGAAUCAGACUCUUUUGGCCAGUGCUGACCUGAUCUCAGGUAUUGCUCUUGAUUUAAUUAAGAGGCAAGCCUACUGGUCUGACCAGCAUUUGGGUCUUGUUGAGAGAGUAGACUAUUCAGGUGACAACAGAGUGAUGAUCCGAAAUGAUGAUGUUCAUCAUCCAAUUGGUUUGAACUUAUUUGAGGAUAUCCUCUUCUGGAUCAAUGGUGGUACUGGUUCUUUAACUAAAUGCAGAAUGUAUGGCAAGCCUCAGAACUGUGAACGUGUCACCCUCAGCCAUACUGAUGUCAAGAACUUUGCUCUUCUGCAAUCAACACGCCAAACCACUGGUGAUGAUGUUUGUGCCACACUUAAUUGCACUCACAUGUGCGUGCUGAGUCUUCGGGGCCCCAAAUGCAUCUGCGAGGAUGGUUCCAUUAUCAAGCCAGGCAAAUCCUGCUCGACAGAACGGGAAGCGGAAGAAGUUUCAGUAGACAAGCCUUCUUUCCACAUGGUGGUUGAGACUGCUGAGGCUUAUGGUAAAGCCCAUAGUGCUAGUUCUGUGGUUGGACCGAUCAUUGGAGUGAUGAUUGUUAUCGGUGCUGCCUUUGCCUUCCUGGCCUACAAGAGGCGGUCUUCCCCUGGCAUCAACUGGCCCAACCUCCCUCUUGGAUUGAACAUUGGCAAGCUGGGUGGAGGCGGAGGAUCAAAUGUUACAUUCGACAACCAAGCAUUUGGAAUGGCGUCUUCGCGGCAAGACCCCUUCGAACCUACAGUGAAGCCAGGCAACCACGAGUAUGAAAACCCUACAAUGGAUGGGCGCCUCUCUAUGUCAAGGAGUGCCCAGAGCUGGUCUGCACCGAAGAAAGUUGUUCCAGUGGACAAGAUGCAGCUUGAAGAUGAUGACUCUGAUGCAGAGUACAUGGAUGGCGAAUACGAUCAAGCUAGAUUGAUCCCAUGAAUUUCUUAAUCGUUUAAUUGUUUAAAUAUUUUAUUAGAUCGUUGUACAUUUUAAAGUCUAUAUUUUAAUCAGUUAUGUUUAAUAAAUGUUGCCAUGUUUCUUA